GGGCUCCUGAUUGCAGGCACUGAGGAACAGAAGAAAAAGUAUCUACCUAAACUGGCCUCUGGAGAGCACAUUGCAGCAUUUUGCCUCACAGAACCAGGAAGUGGAAGUGACGCUGCAUCCAUUCAGACCAGAGCCACUUUGAGUGAAGAUGAAAAGCAUUACCUAUUAAAUGGUUCAAAGAUAUGGAUAUCCAAUGGUGGUAUUGCAGAUAUCUUUACUGUGUUCGCAAAAACUGAGGUUGUUGAUAAAGAUGGUGAAUUCAGAGACAAAAUUACUGCUUUUCUUGUAGAAAGAGCUUUUGGUGGAAUCACUAAUGGAAAAGCAGAGGAUAAGCUGGGGAUACGUGGAUCUAAUACUUGUGAAGUUCACUUUGAAAAUACAAAAGUUCCUAUAGAGAAUGUUAUUGGAGAAGUUGGAGGAGGGUUUAAGGUUGCAAUGAAUAUUCUAAACAGUGGAAGAUUUAGCAUGGGCAGUGCUUCUGCUGGAAUGCUUAAGAAACUGAUUGAAAUGACUGCAGAAUAUGCUUGUACAAGAAAACAAUUCAAUAAGAAGCUGAGUGAAUUUGGAUUAAUUCAGGAUAAAUUUGCCCUUAUGGCUAAGAAAGCUUAUGUAAUGGAAAGCAUGGCCUAUCUCACUGCAGGAAUGUUGGACAGGCCAGGAAUCCCAGAUUGUUCGGUUGAAGCUGCCAUUGUUAAAGUGUUCAGUUCAGAAGGUGCUUGGGUUUGUGUAAGUGAAGCACUACAAAUUCUUGGAGGCCUUGGCUACAUAAAAGACUAUCCAUAUGAACGCUAUCUCCGGGAUUGUAGGAUACUUAUGAUUUUUGAGGGAACAAAUGAAGUUUUGAGGAUGUAUAUUGCUUUGACUGGCAUACAAUAUGCAGGCAAAAUCUUAACUGAAAAAAUAAAGGAAUUUAAGAAAAGAAACGUAAAAGUGAUGUGGAAUAUAGUUAUGAGCAGGCUGUUUGGCGGCAAGCCUCCAAGCAUAGGAGUAAUUGGACAAGGGGGAGAAGUUCAUCCCAGUCUCAAAGAAAGUGUUGCGAAGCUUGAACAAAACGUCUUUGAUUUUGGGAAGACAGUUGAAAAUUUACUAAUGAGAUUUGGCAAGACUAUUGUGGAUGAGCAGCUGGUUCUUAAAAAAGUGGCAGACAUUGUCAUUAAUUUAUAUGCAAUGACUGCAGUCAUAUCCAGGGCUAGCCGAUCUAUCUGCAUUGGUUUGAAUAAUCAUGAUCAUGAGGUGAGUUUGUUUUACAUCUUAAUGUGAUGAAUAAUACAUAUACUUGACGGUAUAAUAAAGCAGACAGAAGGGAGAAAUUCAGAUUAUUUUUACUUUUAACCAAGAACAAAGUUUAUGUAUAUUUCCAGUUGCAGCAGUUUAAAAGAAAUUAAAAAAUGAAUUAUCUUGUCACUUAUGAUUUUUAAAAAAGAUUAGAUUCUUGCUUUAUUUCUCCAGUGCAUCAUAACAUUAGCAUAAUUUCAAAAUACUUUGGCUUAUCCGUGAUAAUUUCCUUAUCAUUAAGCUAAAUUGAACUUCAUGUACAAAGUUUGCACAGAGAUGUUGUAGACGAACAGAAAUGACUACUGUCUACCAUGUUAUUUGAUUAUCCUCCCUUCACUAGUAGAUGAGCCACAAUAGGCUUUUAACAA